AUGCUGCCCCCCCGGGCGGGCGGCGGCGGCGGCGUCUGUGGCGGCCUGGAGGAGUGCCCGCCGCCGGCCUCUCCGCCGCCUUUGCCUCCCGCCCCCCCGCAGAGCCUGAGCCUGGCGCCGUCGUCGGGGGCGCAGCAGCAGCAGCUGCUGAAGAAGAAGAGCGGCUUCCAGAUCACGAGCGUGACGCCGGCGGCGGCGCAGCUCUCGGCGGCGGCGGCGGCCAGCCUGAGCUCCAACAACAGCCUGGCGGAGGACACGGAGAGCUACGACGACCUGGACGAGUCGCACACGGAGGACCUCUCCUCCUCCGAGAUCCUCGACGCCUCCCUCUCGCGCGCCACCACCGGGCCCGAGCGCAGCUCCUCCGAGGAGACCCUCAACCACUUCCAGGAGGCCGAGACGCCCGGCGCCCUCUCCCCCAACCAGCCGCGCCUCCCCCCCGGCGGCAGCCCGGCAGCAGCGGCAGCCUCCGUCCCCGCGCCGCCCGCGGCCGCCCCUUCCCGCUUCCGCGUGGUCAAGCUGGACUCGAGCUCGGAGCCCUUCCGGAAGGGCCGAUGGACGUGCACGGAGUUCUACGACAAGGAGGGCCUGGGGCCGCCGGGGGCCGCGGCGGGCGAGGGCGCGGCGGCGGCGGCGGCGAAUCGGGCCCUGGAGGCGCUGCGGCAGAACCCGCCGGCGGAGGGCCCCUCGGAGCGGGAGAGCCCCUGCGGGAGUUCGCUCAGCAGCGGCAGCGUCAGCACCCUGAGCCACUACACCGAGAGCGCCGGGAGCGGGGAGAUGGCCGGGCCCUUGGCGGGGGCCCCGCAGCCGGCGGCCGACUUCCUGCCCGGCCUGCCCCAGAGCCUCUCGCAGUCCCAGCUGCACCAAGAGGCCGGCUUCCCUCCCCAGAAGGCCAGCCUGGCCGCCCCCCAGCAGCCUGGCAUCCUGGCAAUGUUGCCACCGCAGCAGCAGCUGCCCUACGCCCCAUCUGCGCCACCCCCUCCUGUGCAACCGCAGCAGCUGCCCUACAGCAGCAUGGGGCAGGCCCCGCAGCAGGUCUCUGUGCAGAUGGCCCCUGGGCACAUGAAAGCCGCCAAUCCCAAUUCCCUCCAGGGGCCAGACUACACCCAACAUCAGCCGAUGCUCCAGGCUCCACUCUCUUCUGUGCAGCCCGGGACAGGGGCACCAGCCCCCGCCGCUCUGGCCCCAGGUGGGCAGCCUUCAGGACCAGCACACCUGGCUGUGGCUCCCACUCAGCCCGUUGCCAGCGUCCAGACCCCAAUGCCACCCUCAGCAGGAGCAGGAGCUGGCCUUCCAGGGAUGAAUGCCUCUCAGCAAGGAGCCCUGCCACCUGGGGUGCAGCAGCCCCUGGUUGCCAAUCCGAUGGCCCCGUCCAUGAUGCCACAAAACGCUGCCCCUUCCCAGGGGAUGCUGCCCCUUCCCGCGGGGAUGAUUCCGCUGGGGUCGCAAGCGGGCCUGUCUGGCCUUCCCCAGCCCCUUGUGAUUGCCCCACAGGCCACUCUGUUGCCGGCCCAGUCCCAGCUGCAGUCGGGAGAGCCCCUUGUGCCGGGAAUGGCUGGCCAGCAGGUGCCCGCCAUUAGUCCUGGCCCUGCCAUGGGCGCCGUGCCCGUUUCAGGCCACUGUGCUGCUAACGUGCCCCCUCCUCCUGUCAGCUUGGCCCCUUCGAAGAACGUCGCACCGUCUCCAGCCGUGCAGAAUGAGAGCUUGGCUCAGAAGUUUCCCCCGUCUUCAUUGACAUCUGCGAGCAUCCAUUUGCCCAUGCCCCCGAACUCUGCUCCGUUCUCUGCACAACCUUCUCUCGCUCAGUCGUCGGCCGGCCGAAGUGAAGAAGCCGGGCGCUCCACAGAUCCCCUGCUGGUUGGCAUCGCCCAGCCCCUGGGCCCAGAGAGUGGUGCUGGAGUCCCCUCGGCCCUUUCGGACGGGGCUGGCAGCAUGGCGGCCUCCCUCUUCCCCCUGAAGGGCCUUCCGCUGACUGCCCAGCUCAUGGAUGGUGAGGAUGACGGUUGUUUCUUCUAAUUCUAAAACUCUCUCAACCUCUGACUGGAGGCGUGAGUGGAGCCAUCACUUCUUCAGAGGCACCAGGCAACAGUUUCUCCCCCGCCCUUAGAGA